GAGUCUGUGGUCUGCCAGGCCCCUCCGUCCUGCCCCGUCUCGCUGUGCCAGGCCAGCUCUGCCCCGAUGCCCGCAGUCACCGUCCCCCAGCCCCUCAUCCACCCCUGUGGCCAUACCCUGGAUGGGAGCAGCCCCGGGUGGCGGGGCCAGGCAGCGGCUGGCUCCCGGGUGGGACACGCUGCAUCCAGCCCCCAUCCCACGGCAGCUGCAGGCACGGAUAUGCAGUGGGGGGCUGCACGGCCGCUCUCCGAGAGCCUCCUGGGGGAUUAUGGCCCAGGGCAGCCUCACCCGGUGCCUCGUGGCAGGGCUGGUGGGGAAGGAUCGAACAUGGACUCAUCUUCUGACCUGGGCAUGACCAUCCCUCACCGAGCCUUGCACCACAGCCACCAGGCAAAGCCGCUCUGGCUGGGUAUCUAGGCGUGCCCAGCCAGGAGGGCAUGGGAGUUGAGCCAGGACAGCCCUCCGUCCUGCCUGGUGGCCUGGGCUCCUGCCCUGGGCACAGAGACAGCACACAACACACAGCAGAGGGGCUGAGCAUCAGUCCCAGGGCUCUGGUCUGGGGGUCUGCAUCCAGCUCCCAAGCUCGCAUACAGCCCAGGCCACAAGGGGCAGCUCCUCCUUUGGCCCCUCUGGGGAGGGUCCAAGCCUAUCCAUGCAGCCACCCCCUUCCUGUAACAAUCUCCACCAGCCCCCAGCUGCUCAGAGCCCGCACAUGGGUAGGAUCAUAGCAAAGUCAGGCAAGAUGAGUCCAUCCAGCCCCCUGCUCAAGGCAGGAUCAUCCCUGAUGGGAGGCAUCCAGGACAGAAAGGGGACCUGCAAGCAGCAGCCCAGCCCCAAAGCGUCAGGGAGCGCGGGGGUAGACUGGGUCCCUGCCAUCUUUAGCGGGCACUCAUGCUCGGGGUCUCAUCCAGAAAGCACUCCCUGCCAGCACCGGUGUAGAGCUGAUGCUAGCUCCACACCUGGGUGGAGGAGCUGGAAGCCUCCCCUCCAGGCUGCCUUUCCCUGCUCCGCUUCCCAGCUAGCUGGGGCAUCCACACUAGCUGCAGCGGUGGCAAACCCUGGCUUGCCCCCAGGAUGGAUAGAUGGAUGGAUACCUCCACCUCUCAUUGCACUAAAGGAACAGCUGCUACCUGCUCCACCCCACAGAGCAAAAGCCCUCAGCUGGGGGCCUUUAAGAGGAGCCGCUAACAAGGGAGGUUAUUUAGCUGCAGGUGGGAGCAAAAGCAGCUUUUUUUUUCCCUGGCUUGGGGGCUCCCGCCAGGCCUUGCAUCGCCCCCAUGGACUUCUUCUGCCAGAAGCGCACACGGUCGGACUCCCAGCCCAAGGCCACGCUGCCCGUGAAGAGACGCGCGUCCUGCCCGCUGACCCGCCAGGGCACCCGGGUGGACAGACGCCAGGACCGGGGCUCCUUCCUGGCCGGGCUGUUCCGGGCCAGGCCCCCCGCCGGCGCCCGCUGGUUCCCUGCACCCGGGUUGGAGCUGGGAGCCGAGGAGAGCGUCCCGCUCCUGGGGGGCAGCUCUGAAGGAGAGGAUCAGCCUGAGCACAGAAAGGCCCCUGGCACCCUGCCCUCGGUGCCUGCGGUCCAGCUCAGCGAGGGGAGCAGGCUGCAGGUGCCAGGUCCCGGGCACAAGGCCUUGCACAGCUCCCUGGACAACCUGCCCGAGGCGAUGGCUAGGUCCCUGCAGCAGACCCGCAGGAAAGAGAAGAAGGAGAAAUGGAGGGUGGACCCCCAGGGUGCGGAGAUGCCGCUCCUCUCCCAGGACUACUGGAUGAAGCAGCUCCAGGCUGUGGGGCCAAUGCCCAAGGACUGGUCUUUCCGGGUGGACGCCAGCCUGACCCUCGCCGGCCUCCUGUCCUCCUCCCUGCUCAGCGCUGCCUUCCACGCAGCCCCCCACGACUACGGCGUCUCCUGGCGGGACCUCCCCGAGGUCAAGAGCCGGCGGCUGCUGGAGAGCAUCACGCCCCGGCAGCACCAUUUGCAGGAGGCGCUGUUCGAGGUGAUCACGUCGGAGGCCACCUACCUGCGGAGCCUCGGGGUGGCCGUGAGCCACUUCCGGAGCUCGCAGCCCCUGCAAGCCGCGCUGGCCGUGACGGAGCUGCACCAGCUCUUCUCCAACCUGCCCCAGGUGAAGGGCGUCAGCGACAGGUUUCUCCUGGAGCUGGAGGAGGAGCUGGACAAGGACAUCUUCCUGGCGGGGCUGGGGGCCGUGGUUCUGAGGCACUGCCCAGCUUUCCGCAGGGUCUACAUCCCCUACGUCACCAACCAGAUGUACCAGGAGCAGCUCAUGCAGAAGCUGAUGCGGGAGAACGGGCGGUUCCUGCAAGUCCUGCGGAGGCUGGAGGGGCAGCCCGUGUGCCGCCGGCAGCCCCUCAAGUCCUUCCUGGUGCUGCCUUUCCAGAGGAUCACCCGCCUCAAGAUGCUGCUGGAGAGCAUCCUGAAGCUGGCCCCGGCGGGCUCCGAGCUGGAGGAGUCCAUCGGCGCUGCCCUGAAGGCCGUGGGGGAGAUCGUGUCCGAGUGCAACGAGAGUGUGCGGCGCAUGAAGCAGACGGAGGAGCUGGUGCUGCUGGAGAAGCAAGUGGAGUUCCUGAAGACCAAGGCCAUCCCACUCAUCAGCCGGGGGCGCUGGCUGGUCCGGGCCGGGGCGCUGACCCACAUCCUCCUGCAGGACGGCGUUGCGGGGUCUCGCCCCCGCCUGAGCAGGAAGCCCAUCCACCUGCACCUCUUCAGCGACCUGCUGCUGCUGUCCCGGCGGAGGGAGGAUGGCCGGUUUUCCGUCCAGGACUACGCCAACGCCAACCACGUCAAAGCGGAGCUCCUCGAGGCCGACCUCGCCUUCCGCCUCCGCCUCUCCCAAAACCACCGCGGGGCCGGCGCCGAGUUCCUCCUCCGGGCCGCCAGCGCGAGCGAGCGGCAGGAGUGGAUCUCGCUGAUCGCCCGGCACGCCAGCCCUGCGCCGUCGUGACCAGUCGGGCUUGCUCGGAUCUGCCCCCAUCUCAGCCUCACGGAGCUAUGCCCCGGGCAGCCAUCCAGACUGGGGUGCCUGGCUGGGGUGGGGGGCUGUCUUCCUCAUAGCCAGCCCCAGACCGGAGGGCAGGGGCACGGGGGUGUCGAGCCGGUCUCUGUAGGAGCCUUGCACACGCGGGUGGGAGCCGAGCCUGGCUGUGCGCCGGGGCCUUUGCGGGCUUCCAGGGAGGGGCUGUGCAGACGGCCCCUCGCGGCCCGGGGGCAGCCAGCACAGCACGUGGGAUGGUGGCGGGUGCUUGACGUUCCCAAUUAAUUGCUAUGAAAUGAAUUUUUCCAGCUUC